AAGGAUCAAGAGAAAACUUCAAAGAUGGACAUUGAAUUAGCGGAAAAGAUAGAACAAGGUUUGGUACAAGAAGUCAGACGUUUAAAGGAGAAAGUGAAAGAGCUCGAGGUAAACAAGAUCGAAUUGGAGCGUAAUAUCGAAAUUCUUACUGGACAAGUUCAUCCAAAAGUUGAAGAAGAUUUCAUAAUAGUUGAAUAG